CAGCUAGCCGGAACUCAUGUCUUCACCCCACUACAUUCCCCGACCCCCAGUUGCUUCCCCAGUACCAACAAUGCCGCCAACUCCCCCACUCACGCCGACCCACGACCAAGUUCCGACGCUUUAUGUCAUUGUAGUUUACACUGUUGUAAUAUUCGCCCUCUGGAACAUACCCGGCGCACGGGUGCUCAUCAACCCUCUCAAGCUCUUCACUAUCGGCUGGCACGAGCUCUGCCACAUAACAGCUGCAAUAUUUACCGGUGGGACUAUAGUACGGGUAUGCAUCGACCCCGACCUUGGCGGGGCGACAAUAGUGGAAGGCGGUGCGCCUACACUUGUCCUGUCGGCCGGGUAUAUCGGAUCCACCAUGUUCGGAGGCGUGUUGAUCUUGGCGGGGUUUGAUACCCUUGUGGCAAAGAUCAUGAGUUUCAUUAUCGGAAUCGGGCUGUUGUGUCCUUUGGUGCUUGUACGAGACAAGCUAACGAUAAUAACGACCUUGAUGUACGAAGGUUUGCUAGUUGGGUUUUGGUUCAUUGAUCACGCACAGGCAUUGCGUUGGUAUUGUCUAUUCCUAGGAGUUAUGAAUACACUAUACGUAAUAUGGGACAUCGCGGACGACAAGUACUUCCGGAAAGCAAAUGACUCCGAUGCGACCCAGUUUUCAUUACUUUAUCCGAGCCUUGGACCUCAUGUCUGGGGUCUCCUGUGGAUAAUCUUCGAGAUUGCGAUCCUCACAGGAUUUGUCCUGCUUGGUGUCGUGUGUUUCAAGAUGGACUCGGACCAGAUGCGCGCACAGGCUGCGGAAUUCCUCCCGACAUGAUCUUCGCUGCCUGGCCCUAGUUGUCGCGCUGCAUUACGAUUGAACGGACAUAGUCCUCGCAAUCUGUACCGGGGACGGGACGAUCGUCGAUCCCGUUUAGUGUAUAAUUAUCGCGUACGGGUGCUGCGAUACCCACAUUGCUGUCUUCUGUGCCUACUUUAUACCUUAUGUCGCGGACGCUCUCAUGGAGUACAUGCACACCUGUAGUGUUCCGCUCGCAGUCCGGGUGAUCACCCCGAAAAUACCGGCGGUACCUUACUCUGCUUCUUCCAUCAUCGUACUCCCACACCAGUUCAUCGAAAACGGUCAUGUUCAACAUUUACUGUAUGUAGC